UUUAAUUUUGCAGUUUUCAUGGAAGCCACAAAGACAUUUGAUCUACAAACACAGAAGCACAAGUCUAAUGCAGAGGGGUUAAGUUUCGAUGAACUUUACGAGAGCCUAACCAAAGGAGUCUGCGGUAGAGGAAGUCAGACUAAGAUACCUGAAAUUAGGGACGGCAUAUUGGUAUCAUCCACACCUCCCAGAGUUAAUACUAAAGAAAUUGAAGUCGAUGCUUUCUUAGUGGAGUCAUUUAGUAAAAAAUCAAACAAAGGCAAAUAAACCAAAGAAGAAAGAGCAACUGAAUGGGCUUAGGCAAGAAAAUGAAGAAUUACGCAAGCAGAUUAAUGACUUAAAGGUUACCCUUAAGAUUAAUAAAGAUUGUAUGAAUAUUAUGCUAGAGCCAUCUAAUAGAUUUCAGCAGAUAAAUAUUGUAAAUUCUUUCGUAAAGGAAAACAUCAAGUUGCAAAAUGAGGUCUUUAGAGUGCAAAAAUAAGUUAAUAGCAGUUCUCCACUCUCAAAUUCUCCAAAAGAAAGACAGUUUCGUUAUCAAGAAAGACAGUUUUCAUCAAAAGAAAAUCGACGACAUAGAAUUACCUACUAAGCCCAUUGAGAAGAGUGCCCCUUGUCAGAAUCCUGAGCAGGAUGAGCCAGAGAUUCCUUCUCCGCAAACCGAAUACAUUUCUCAGCUAAAGGACAACAAUAAAGUUCUGAAAGACCUGAUCAGGAACAAGAACAAAGAAAUAGUCUCACUUGAGAUGACAAUUAAAUAAGGAUAAAAUAAGCCAAAGGAAGGAAAUGAUGGAGUGUAAAUAAGGAAAAGAAUGACAUGAAGGCUAAACUCAAGAAAUACCAGGACUUUGUCAAGGGUCUCCUUGGCAAUUACAUGGAUGUCGCCAUCCCUGUCAUCACUGAUGACAUUCAUAUCGUCACUGAUUGAUCUCAUCUGAUGUGGAUUCCUGAGAAAUUAGUUGAAACUCAGUCACUAUUUCAGGCUGAUAAAGUCCUCCCAGAGGGAUUUGAGGAAAGCCUUGAGAAGCUCAAGGAAGAAAUCAAGAAUAUGCAAGAUCAAGGCGAAGGAGAUCAAGAAGAAGAGUUUGAUGACGACCAAGAAGAAAAUGAUCAGGCUAAUUUUGAUGACCAAAUUAUCAAUUUCACAGAACCAGUUUUGAACAGGCAUAAAGUUAGUAGAGGAAAUAGUGCCACUGUAAUAAUGAUGGGACAAGAAGAAGCAGAGAGAUUCUUCUCCUCGAGAUUGGAUAAUAAUACCUUUUAUCAGCAGAGUAGAGGGACUGUAAGGUAUGUCAGCAAUGUCCCUGAGUCUUUUAACCAACUCAAAUAUCUCAAGACCUUUAAAGAUAAAGGAAAAUGGAAAUUAGCUCCAAAAGAUCAAGACAAAAAUGAAUUUGAUGAGUCCGAAAAUGAUGAAGAGUAUUACGAAUAUGAUGAUUACGAGGAUGAGCUGGAAAAUAAUGGAUAUGGAGGAGCUGUUGAUAGUUCUAGAGAGGACAAUAAAAGCUCAUCAAUUUCCCCCAAGAACAAAGAGACUAAUGGUAUAUCAAUCACCAACUUGAACAAGUUCUAUAAAAAGUAA